GGGGAUUAUCCUGUCGUUGGGGUUCAAGGGACAUUAAUUUAAUUAACAUGUUAUAAGUGAAAGCUCCAUUGAUCAGUGGAACGAUCUCAGUAAUUUGAUCCCUAUUGUUAGUUUGAUUGAUCUGAGAUCAUCCGCGAUUAAUUUAAAAGACGAAUAAACAUCUAUGAUUGUGGAGACACCUACGCUCUCUUAAACGAUCAUUCUGUGAGUCACUCUUCAAACAAGACCCAAACGGAGAGUUCCCAGCGUGCGGUGCCAUGGACACAAGGACCAGCGCAGUUUUUUGAGGAUUUAACAUCAAGGAGACUAAACCUUAGUUUUCAUUUGCGUCACAGGUGUGCUUAUUCGUUUGCUCUUGUUUCUGUGAUGGCCAACUGGCCUCAUACAGAUAACGGAUAAACGGAAUGGUGGAACACGCGAGGACAAACUCUGCAAAACAUCCAUCUUGGUGUCGCCAAUUCAUGGACGUCAUCCAUACGCUUUCUCCUGCGCGUGAUCUAUUCUUUGUUUUUGACGUGUUGACAAGGAUAUAUGUGUGAGUAGACAAAAGGGUCAGAAGAACCGAUGUGGGUUAUGUGGGUCAACUGGAAAUCAUGAAUAUUAGACAAACUAUAUUUGUAUUGGCUAUCUUUUUUCGUCUGUCAUUCAAACCCUCUUCAAACGUUUAGGCUACUUGAUUAUAGAUUUAUAAUGAUCAUCCAAUGAUCCCGACCAAUCAGCUGUAAGCCCUUUGUAUGCUUAAAACUGGGUCUGGCUCUCACUUAUCAAAGGCAGUCAUAUUACUAAUUACCAACUCAACAGACCGGGCUCAGUCGCUAGCAUGAUUAUGAAGAGUCUACUCGUCUGGCUCAUAUUCACAAUGCAGAUUAGCCUCGUGUCUCUCUUCAGUAUCUCUUAUGAUGGGGUGUCCAAAGAGGCUCCUCGUUCGAGCGUAACCAAAACUAUUAAGAAGCUGGAAGAGCUGUUCCACCUUAACGGUUUGCCUCAGAGUUAUUCGGGGCCGCACAAGAAGGCGCCCAAGUUCAUGUUGGACUUGUACGACGCCGUGGCGGACUCGUACGGAACACCCCGGAACCACGAGGUCUUGGAGGGGAACGUGGUCAGGAGCUUCGAGGAUAAAGGACACACAGGUGAAAGGUUUCACUUCUUCAACCUCUCAUCUUUUGCACGAGAUGAGAAGAUGAUCAAGGCGGAGUUCCGCUGGUUCAGGCAAAAACAGAGACAGUUCGGAGGGAUGUCGUAUCGACCCCACUUCUACAAAGUGGACUUGUAUGAAGUGUUGGACAGCAGAGUUAAGCCUUGGAGAGGAAAUUUGAUUACAUCCCGUCUGGUGCCGAUACACACUCAGGGAUGGGAGGUCUUCAAUGUCACGCAAACGGUGUCAAAGUGGAUCCGGAACAGCGAGGAGAACAAUGGCGUUCUGGUAGUUACAACGCUGCCUUCAGGAGACUGGAUGGAAUCUGUGGUUUCGUCUCCGGGGGAAGAUAAGGACGCUUACCUGGUGAUAUUCUCAGACGACGGGAGACCGGGCACCACCAAUCACCAAUCCCCGAAACUAGGGCACGCCAACCAUGUAGCAGAAUCUGGAGCUCAAGAGAAAAACCGAGCGAGGCGGAGGCGCGAGGCACCUAGUUACCUCCGCAACCGUCCCUUGACAUGUCAGAGGGUACCUCUCUUCGUGGAUUUCGAGGAGAUAGGCUGGUCUGGCUGGAUCAUAUCCCCGCGGGGAUACAACACCUAUCACUGCAAGGGUUCUUGUCCGUUCCCCCUUGGAGAGAGUCUCCACGCCACCAACCACGCGACUGUGCAGUCCAUCAUGUAUGCGUUAAAGGUCUCCAACGACGUGGAUACACCGUGCUGCGUGCCUGACAAACUUCAGUCUAUCAGUUUGCUUUAUUUCGACGAUGAGGAAAACGUAGUUCUGAAACAGUACGAUGACAUGGUGGCGAUUAGCUGUGGCUGUCAUUGACUGAGUUGGGAUCACACACGUUGUUGUGAAUUGACAGCUUAUAUUUUCCUCGUAUUCAAAUUAUGUACAGGGUACCCUGCAGGAAAAUGAAUGAAAUGUACAAACUAUGUUGCGCUUUUUUUGAGGAAUAAACUGUUUAUUUUAAAGAUGGUUUCUUUGUGCAAAUGCUCGGUGCUGGCCAUGGUGCUGAUGCCGCGCGUUCCCGUGUGUGGGGAUAAUUGUUUUCCCGUCCAUUAUGGUACUAUGGAUUUAUUCGAUUGUUCUUCUUAAAUAUUUAGAUACUUAUUAGUUUAUCAGCGAUGUUGUAAUAUCACCCACAAUGAAAUCAAAGAGUAGGCCUUGUAAUUGUUGCUAUGCACAAUUAUUGUAAUUGCACAAUGUGA